CCCUCUCCAGUGUUACCCCUAUCCAGUGUUACCGUGAGAUCUUGUCGUCUUGACGAUGCCACGCCGACGAAAAUCCAACCGUGUCACAGGGCAGGCAGAGCAGGCGUCGCCGUGGCAACUAAAACAGAGGGAGCUCUUCAUCCAGCAGGUGGAGAAGGAAGCUGCGGGCCGCCUGAAGGAGAUGGAGGCUAAGACGCAGAAGAUGUUGAGCUCAGUUGAUCGCUCCUUCAAGAUUCUCACCAUGACGACGCCUCAGGCACAGCUCAACACCCUGUUUAAGGACAUGAUGGGAUGCAGAGAUGCUGAUGUGCCGGUUGGCGAUGUGACCAUUGCAUUGGAGGCGCAGUCUCCAGAAAUCCACAAACCGCUCUCAAGGAAGUCCUCCAAGAAAGCUGUGAAGGCGGAGCCUGCUAGCAGCCCGAAGAGGAGGAAGAACAGCCAGCGCAGGGCCAAGAGCAGAACGAGGUCACCGGAACCAACAGAGUCCAAACCCCUCAGGUCCGCUAGAACUACAGCUGGCAGCGUGCGGACCGUAGGCCGCGUACUGAGAUCUGGAGGAGCGCCAGCCACUGGACUGAAAGCCAAGCCCAUCUCAAGGUCAAUGAGUGACAGCUCUCUCAAAACCGCCACCUUUGCCAUGGUGGUGAAGACGUCUCAAGGAGAGAGUGUCAUCAUAGAGAAGGAGGAAGAUUUUGACGCGGCCAAAUUGGACCAGGAGGCUGUGCUGCACAUGAAACAACUCAGGGACUUGAUGAUCAAGCUGUGUCAUGCACUGGACCUGGACACAAAGAUUUAAAUAUUUAAUGUUUGUAAAUGUUUGUUGCUUGUUAAAUAUCUGUUCCUUUUCCAAAUUUUAAAUAUAAAAGUUUAAAUAAAUCAUUUUUGUACA